CUCUAGACAGAUAUAAAUAAAUAAAUAUAUAUAUAUAUUGGAGUAUCAUCCUCCUCAUGCUGCAUACGAUGAUUCCAGCUGUUCAUAUCUGUAUUGACUCUCUGAUACCAUGGCCCCUCAAAAGCUCAAAAUCGGUGCGGCCGGGCUUGGCCGUAUGGGCAAAAGACAUGCGUUGAACUUCCUGAAUCGCACCCCUCGAGCGGAGCUCGUUGCGGCCUUCUCCCCCGACCCUGCAGAGAUAGCAUGGGCGCGACAGCACUUGGAGCCCCAUGGCGUUACGUUGUAUGACAACUACCAGAAGAUGAUUGAACACCCCGGUAUCAUGGCAGUGGUUAUAGGCACAGCCACCUCCGUCCAUGCGGAAGAGGCGAUCCAGGCUAUGGAGAAGAACCUGCACGUUCUCUGCGAGAAGCCCUUGUCGACUAGCAUUGAAGUGUGCCGUAAUGUAGUUUCCGAGUCGAAGAAACGACUACACUUGAAAGUGAUGUGUGGUUUCUCACGCCGCUUCGACGAAUCCUACCGGGAUGCGUUUCAGAAGAUGGAGCAAGGCCUCAUCGGACGUCCGUCCAUCCUGCGUAGCCAGACCUGCGACAAACAUGAUCCGUCAGGCUUCUACGUCGCGUACGCGGCCUGGUCCGGCGGUGUGUUCGUCGAUAUGGCUGUACACGACAUUGACCUGACGCUCUGGUUCUUUGGCGACGACAUAAUUCCCAAAAGCGUUUCGGCACACGGGAUCCGCGCUGUGCAGCCCGAGUUGAAACAGUACAACGACUAUGACAACGCGGUUGGCAUUGUCGAGUUUCACAAUGGCAAGAUUGCCUACUACUACUGCUCGCGCAUGAUGGCUCACGGCCAAGAAGACACUACGGAGAUCAUCGGCACCGAGGGAAAGCUGACCGUCAAUAGCAACCCGCAGCAGAAUUUCGUGAAUCACUACCACUCUGGUGGCAUCACGCGGGAGGUGCCACCACACUACUGGGGUAGGUUCGAGAUGGCCUUCGUGAAGGAGGCACAGGAAUUCGCGGAUGCAUGUCUCGAUGGCACACCCUUGCCUAUGAAGCUGAGCAAUGCAGCCAAGGCGGUUGAGAUUGGAUCUGCUUUGCAGGAGGCACUUGUCACAGGAAAACAGAUUCAUUUCGAUGAAAUUGGACGAAGGGUUGAGAAACCAUCAUUGUGAAUUAACUGUUCGUGGGGACCUAGAUGAUUUAAGACCGCGUGGUUGCAUUUGGUUAUGCAAAUUCUUUUGAAUAAUAUAAAUGCAUUAUUUUUGAUUUCUUUUUCUGUUGAGUUCUUCGAUGUAAAUAUUAUUAGGAGUAGUGUACCUGGAAUGAUAUUGAGUAGGUACUCUA